GCCAGUGAGGCAUUUCUCCGAGCACUUGGCGUGCAUUGCCGAGAUGAAGCAGCUGAAGGGGAGUAGCAAAGCAGUGGCGCUCUCCGUCGCGGAGAGAUGCAAGAACAUCUUGGCUUCGAAUUGGCAAGCCCAUCUCAACACCAUCAAAGCCGACUCCAAGGGCAGCAAGGAGGACAUUUAUACUUCGAAGGUUCAUUAUAUGCUCAGGAGGGGAAGGCCUUAUAUCUGGAUUCCCGAGGGGGAGUUGCACAACACGAAUGCAAUCAUCGAUGAGCGUGCUUCCUUGGCUAUAAGUUGCAAUGUCCCAGGUCCAUUGAUGAGCUUACUGAGAUCUAUUAGAAAGUUUUCAGCUCGUGUAGCUUUGACUGGUGAUCUCAUAGCUCUAAAAGAAGAGAAGGUCCAUCGUGUUGCAGAAAGUUUAAGAGAAUCAAUUUUGAUGGAAUAUAACUUAGCAAACCAAGCUAGUUAUACAGUUUCUGCUCUUUUAAGUUCCGCUGGCGCGAGUUGCGGAUCAAGAUGUGAAAACUUCCUGGAGAUCUUGGGUGAGAGUGACAAAUAUACUGUGUAUAAGUUUGACAUAAAUUCCUGCACUUACAUUGAUGGCAGUGGGUGUGCUCACGAUUUGGACAAUGAAGAAAUUACUGCACCUAAAGCAGACGAAAUAUCACUGUUUACUGAGAAGCUGAUCGACGGGAUCAAUCAAAGUCAAGCAAGACGCAGAGCUUUGAUGCUCUUCUGUUUGGAAUACCAUAAUGCAAGUGCACGGGAUGCAUUGAUGCUCUCCAUUGAUCGGAAAGGUUUCGAUAUUUUGGCUAAAGUCCCUGAAGUAGACUCUAACCAGAAUCAGCAAUACAAUUGGAAGGAGUUCAGGUUUACAUUCAAGGAAGAAGCCUCUGACAUUGAAUCUUUCUGCAGAUUGUUAGUUGAAUUAGAAGAGGAAGCUCUUGAGAGUGUCAAGAGCUACAGUGGACUUGGAUAGUUCUUGCCCUUUGUAUUUCCAAAGAACCUUUUUUUUUUAAUCUUUUUUUUUAAAAGAAAAUUGUCAGAUGGUCCCUGGAAGUAAUCCAUUUUAACAUUUAUUCAACA